AUGCAGCGCCCGGAGCCCGAGCUGAUCCGGCAGAGCUGGCGCGUGGUGAGCCGCAGCCCCGUGGAGCACGGCACCGUCCUGUUCGCCAGGCUGUUUGACCUGGAGCCAGACCUGCUGCCCCUCUUCCAGUACAACUGCCGCCAGUUCGCCAGCGUGGAGGACUGCCUCUCCUCCCCAGAGUUCCUGGACCACAUCAGGAAGGUGAUGCUGGUGAUUGACGCUGCAGUGACCAAUGUGGAGGACCUCGCCUCGCUGGAGGAGUACCUGGCUGGCCUGGGCAAGAAGCACCGGGUUGUGGGUGUGAAGCUCAGCUCCUUCUCGACGGUGGGUGAGUCGCUGCUCUACAUGCUGGAGAAGUGCCUGGGACCGGCCUUCACACCAGCCACGCGCAUCGCCUGGAGCCAGCUCUAUGGGGCCGUGGUGCAGGCCAUGAGCCGAGGCUGGGACAGUGAGUAAGAGGUGUUCCGGCGUGGCGGCCCCCAUCUCGAAGCAUGCCUGUCUGCUACUCUGUGUCAUUGUCAUCGGGGCUCCCCCAGGCCCCCGUGCACCCCCUUGAGCCGUGCUGGAGAGGCGAUGGAGCAGGGCUGGGCUCUCAGACCCCUCACUCUCAGCGGCAGACAGGGGUGGCAUUUCCUGCCGGAAAGGGCUUCAGCGUCCCUCAUCCCUGUCCACCGGCCUCUUCUCUGCUGCCUCCUCUUUCCUGCCUCCUCUCCCGCAUCGAAGGAAGAGAGGCUUGGCGGAUGAAGCAGGACUUUGAAAGGACAGGGCUCUUUUUCUGCCUGUGCACCCCUACGCUGAGGGGCAGGGGGUGGUGUGUGUGUGUCCUUCCUUCUCUGCCUGUCCAGGCCCACUAGUGUUGUCUACCCAGCGUAUUUAUAUUCUUAAAUGAGAAGGAAGCUUGAGCCGUCAUGGUGGGCUCCAGGCAGUGGGGCAGCAGUUGGAGAACUGCAGAGAAAGGGAAGGGGCCUGGAUCCAUGAUGGGGCUGAGCGAGGCCCCCAGGGGGUUGCUCGAGUGACCCCUGGCAGGAAGGUGCUCCUGUCUGUCGCAGUGUUUUCCUGUUCCCUAUUCAGCACUGCCAGUGGAAGCAUUCUUCUUACUGCUCUGUAGGGUCACAGCUGGCGUCCCUGAGUGGUACAAAGUGCUUGGCUGCUGGCCAAAAGGCUGGGGAUUCAGGCCCACCCAGAGGUGCCUCGGAAGAAAGGCCUGGUGAUCUGCUUCCAACAAAUCAGCUUCUGAAAGUCCUGUGGAGCGUGGUUCCCCUCUGACACAGAGUCAGGAUCCACUCUGUGGCAACUUGUCCUCACGGCUCAGGGUCCCCGGCAGCCAGUCAGGGGUGUGGCGGAAGGGCAAGCAAGGAGGAGGAAGAGCAGGAACUUUAUUCCUGAGGCUCUUCCUCACCUCCCCCUACUCCCACCCGGGCAGGGUCUUGCAUGCGCCCCUUGUCCUGCUGUUCGCACAAUGGUAGAAAAGAAGGCAGCGGGUUAUGCCUUACCCCACCCCAUGCCCUCCGCCCCUCUACCUGUGAUCCCUGCUGUGGUUGUGUAGAUUCGUGAAGAAUAAACCAGGCCUGUGUCCCAGACUGAGGGUUCCUGGAGCACUUGGCCUAGGCCCGCUGCAGCUACAGGGAAUGAAAAAUGGGCCCAGUGAGUCAUGGCCAGAAUCAGGGUGCUGGAAGGGAGAGGCUGGGGAAUGCCAGCAGCCAGGGCCGGGAUGGAGUGAGGGGCUUGUAGCAGACACGGGCUCGCGGGUCAGCAAAAUCAGCUCCACUGUCACUUGGCUAGCAUACUGCGGCUACGUUUCCCAGACUCCUUGCAGUGAGGUAAAGCCAUGUGACUGAGUUCCAGCCAUUAGGAUGUGUGUGUGGAAGUCCUGGUGGCCUCCUCCAGGACGGACUCCUGGCCCCCAAACUCCCAAGUGCUCCACCAUGCUCUGUCCUCCAUCGGCCAGCUUGAUGCAGACCUGACGGUGGCCUAGAGGGUCCCAUGUUGAUUGCGGCAGAGUCACUGGGGAGGGCCCCUGGAUCACUGUGUGGAGGGGGGUGCCUGCAUCUCGGAUCAUCUGUUUUGAACUCUGCAGGAAAGAGAAAUCCACUGCUGCUGUCUUAGGCCAGGAUACGUCUGAGGGCUUAUUUGUUACAACAGCCAGUUUUACCUAUUCUCAUCUAGAGAUGGAAGCUGUUCUGUCAGGGGGUCUGGGAGCCCCCAGGCUGGUGGACGAGAUAGGCUCAAGAGUUAGCAACGAGUCAGGUGUCUGGACAGCAGUGUUGGGCACUGUGAUAGGUAGGCUUAUUAUGCCAAUCUGGCCAAUAGGAACAUGUGGGAUUAAUAAGGUCGAAGUUUGGUUGGAGGGCAGAGAUGGAUGGCUCAGCAAGCCCUGUCUCUUCUCUCUCUCUUGCUCUCUGGUGAUUGGACCAGCAUGUGGCUGCUUUAGCUAGU